GGCGGGAUCUUCCAAAAAUCCAAAAACAUGGCGUCCAGAAGACGAACCAUCGCCGUAGACGCGAAAAGUUUAAGAAGUGGAAACGGCCCUAAUAAAAUCAACAAGAAUGCAACUGCAAAGAAGCCCGUUCAGCCUGCUUCCGAAUCAAAUGGAAUUGUCCAGUCUCGAUGCACGCAGGCUGCAGAGAAGACUUCCACUUCAAAGAGUAACCCGGUGAAUGGUGAAUGUGUGAGUUCACCACAGAGACACGUCUUACCUAAACCCAGCAUUUCCAAGGUAAAAAUGGUCACCUCUCCACGAUGCUCCAUGGGCCCAUCAUCUUCUGGAACGUCAAAAAUUGUCCCAUCUCGGUACAUGCAAGCGGUUGAGAGGUCGUCUCUUUCAAAGAGUAAUUCCCACAACAAUGAUUCUGGGAGUUUACAACCCAAGUUCUCGCAGCCUAAACCCAGCCGUGCUAAAAGCACCCCACCACGAUGCUCCAUGGGCCCGCUCGCUUUUGGGACGUCCAAGGCGUCACAUCAGGAUGAGUCUUUGCUCUUACGAAAGACGGUCUUGCAGUCCACCUUCUCUGACGGACACGGCUUGCCGCCUGAUUUCGAUUUUUCGCUCAUCGGAGAUAAAACAGUGCCCCAAAGUGCCAACGAGACUGUGAGGAACCACGAAGAUGACAAGAACUGCAUCGAGAUGCAAGCGUGGUCCUUGGCUUUUAUCACUGCAAAGAUGGCGCAUAACAUGGCCAAGCUGAAGCCUGAAGCAGAGGCGAGGCUGCUGCACAUGAUGGAGGAAGAGGAGGAGCUGCACAGCAAGGUGAUGGCCAAGAAACGCCAGUACCAUCUCUUGGAGAAGCAGAGACAGGCCAAUGAGCUUUUAGAUCUGCAGAUUUCCGCUUUGACUCCAGCAUUAGAAACUAUCCAACCGUUCACAGAGUCUUACAAGACUUUGGCCUCAGCCGUAGAUACCACCCGACACGUUCUGCCCGUCAAGAACUUCCACAUUGCCGGUGACACGCGAGAAUUUCUGGAUAAAGCAGAGGCUUGUUUGAAGGAAAGCGAGGUGCUUCUGAAAGAAUGCACAGAUGGAAAUCACGAGGAGAACCGGGUCACUCUAGAGUGCCUUAAAGCUAUUAAGAGGGACUGUAAGGAGAUGCGUCAGCACUUGCCUGGAUUGCUUUCGGAACUGUCCGAGCUGUCAUCGCUGAAAUCCCGUCACAGCGUUUUAGUGCAGCAGGCUGAGGAGGAGGAGAAGCUGGGACUUGAAAAGCUCAUGGAGCUGUGCUGCCCAAAACAAUAAUGUUGUUGGCUGCGUGGGAGGACGAUGUAUUGUGCAUGCACUUUCCAAUGCCACUUUGAUGCACACUUUUUAAAUUAAUAAAGAUUGUCAGACAAUAAAUUGAAAAGCAGUGA